AUGGCCCUUAUCACCAUUUCUGGGUACCCUUCUUCGGGAAAGUCAAGGAGAGCUUUACAAAUCAAAGAUGAUUUCGAAGAAAGGAUUAAAAGUCCUAGCUAUUCCGGACCCAUCAAUAAAGUGAUGGUGAUCUCCGAUGACUCGCUCGGACUCUCACGAGAUGGAUAUAAUGCAGAGAAGCCACAAAGGAGUGCUCUGUUCACGGCAUUGCAAAGAAAUCUCACCAAAGACACUAUCGUUAUUCUCGAUGCCUUGAACUAUAUCAAAGGAUUCAGGUAUCAAAUGUAUUGUGUCGCGCGUGAGGCGAGCGCUCGGGUAUUUGUCGCAGCAACGCCAGAUGUAUGCCGUUCUUGGCACCAGGAGAAACCAGAUAGCGAACGCUACAAGGAGGAAACAUAUGAGGAACCAUCUUCGAUGGUAAGAUGGGAUUCUCCUCUCUUCACUGUACCCUGGAACGAAGACCAUUUGCCCGUGGAGGAGAUUUGGCAGGCUAUUACAGCUGGAGUGUUAAAACCUCCAAACGCUGGGACAACAAGUGCUCCCAAGCCUCCAUCGAGCGCACUUCAAGCGCUGGAGACGACCACAGCCUCAGCUAUAUCUAAAAUUUAUGACCAUGAUUUCAGCAAGCGUACGGCAGCCGAACGCAGGUUGGCUGGGUUGUGCCCUCUUCAAGGAAAUGAUUAUCCUCAAUAUUUUCAAAAAUAUACUGUUAUUUUUUGUGCAAAUCUCGUGACG